AUGGCGACGCCGGAGACCGAACACCACCAUAUCAAUCCUCGAGCCAGUUUGCGCCAGUCCACCUACAUUGAUCCCUCCACCGGCGCGAAACUGAACAAGACCUUUACGCUACAUACUAGUACUUCCGACAGCGAUGGGCAAGGGGAGCCUGGAGCCGGCGAGCGUUCACCUCUCUUGGAAGGCGGAGAGGCCGCUGGUAGCCAUGGUCGCAUGUCGACAACAACCAGGCUUGCGGUCAGAAGCAAGGACUACAUGACUCUGGUUCAAAACUUCGUCGUGUCGGACACUGGAAAGGGGGUCUUAAAAUGUGCUGUGGCAUAUCUUCUGGGCAGCCUUGCGACCUUUGUGCCGCCAUUGAGUCAGUUGUUUGGACGACAGAAUUCUAAGCACAUGGUCGCCACUAUAACUGUUUACUUCCAUCCGGCCAGGUCUCUUGGAAGCAUGCUUGACGCACUCCUCCUUGCGGCAACAGCCUUUCUGUACAUCGCGCUGAUCUCGUUGCUGAGCAUGAGUGUCACAGUCUUCUUUGCCGACAUUGUGCACCACAUCGAGGCUGGCCACGCGAUUGUACUGGUUGUCUUUCUUGGUGGUGGACUCGGGUUGAUAGGGUGGGUGAAGCUCAGAAGGAAUGAUCCCUUGGUCAAUAUCGCAUGCUCCCUGGCUUCCUUGGGCACCAUUACCGUUCUCACCAAAGAGGGAGCAGUUCAGGCCGGUGACUAUUCCUUGACGUCGAUAUCACAGAUCCUCAAGAUGAUUGUGGCCGGCGUGAUAGCUACCAUGCUUGUAUCGGUGUUGGUAUUUCCGAUCUCAGCGAGGAUGAAGCUGAGAAAGAAUCUCCUUGAUGCGACGGACUGCCUUUCCGAUAUGCUGGCUAUGAUCACGAGCAGUUUCUUGUCUGGUGAUAAAUCCGAGCUCGAGGAUAGUACCCUGUCCAAGGUCAGUGAUCGGCACAAGAAACUGUCCUCUUCAAUUUCUCAAUGUCUGAAAGAGGCGAAAUACGAGCACUACCUGUUGGGAACCGAGAGGCAAGGAUGGAUCGAAGCUAGACUUGCGCAAUGCGUUGAACGGAUCUCCCAGAGCAUUGGCGGCCUUCGAAGUGCGGCAGCAAUGCAGUUUGUUGUCACUGAGGAACCUCCUUUUGGUUCUGCCCUGCGUUCAGAUGCCCUCGGAAUUUCUGCACCCUUUUGGGGGAAUUCGCUUUCCAACUCGAUGACUAAGGUUGAUGAUACUGAUCUCCUCAGCUAUUUCAUCCGGCCGUCUUCUGGUCCAACGUCACCCAGUGAGCCGCCCAAACCAUCUGCUUCUGAAGCACCCUUCCGAACGCCUGCACAGAUCUUCGAGCUCUUCAUCGAAAACCUGGGCCCCUCAAUGAGGUCACUUGCCUUCACACUCAAGGAGAUCCUUGAUCACUUUCCAUUCGAUGUGUCCGACAACUUCGCAGUGGCGGCGUCCCCAAAGUUCAAACUUAGCCUUGACCGGGCGUUGGACCUCUACAAGGAGUCACGCGGCAAGGCUCUAGCUGUAGUUUAUACGCAAAAGGACAUGGAUCGCUCCCGGCCUUUACCCGUGCAGGCCGAUUGGGAGGAUGCUGCCGCUUGUUGUGGCCACUUCUCGUUUACGUUGGUGGAAGUGGCAGAGUCGAUCAAAGAAUAUUUGAUCAUACUCGACGAACUGCAACUCGAGGUCAAUGAACGACCCUGCGGCAGGACUUGGAACUGGAUCAAGUUCUGGCAUUCCAAGGACGAACACAGGGAUCUUGAUAGCCUCGAUCCCGAGUUUGCCGAGGUCAUCAAGAGAACUGAUCAGCUUGGGCUUCAAUUCCUUGAUCGUCCGCUGCCGGUGUCUCCGAAGCACGAUGUCCCCGCCGGGCCUGUCCAGACGUCUAAACAAAGGAUUUUCCGCAAGAUCUAUCACGCCGCCUCGAUUCUCCGACACGAGGAUAUCAAAUUCGCCAUCAAGGUGGGUUUUGGUGCUAUGUUGUAUGCUUUACCCAGCUUCCUGUCAUCCACCAGGCCUGCUUAUUCUCACUGGCGCGGAGAGUGGGGUCUGUUGUCGUACAUGCUCGUGUGCAGUAUGACAAUUGGCGCGUCAAAUACCACGGGCUAUUCUCGUGUGCUUGGGACUUGUUUAGGCGCCACUCUCGCCGUGGUGGCUUGGGAGAUUUCACACCAAAACCCCAUUGUUCUUGCAUUCUUCGGCUUCUGCAUGGCAUACUGGACGGCGUACAUCAUCAUUGGCAGAGGCAAAGGCCCCAAAGGCCGGUUCAUCAUGUUGACCUAUAAUCUUGUCGCCCUUUAUGCGUACAGCCUUGCAAGCCUCGACGACGAUGAUGGUGACGAUGAAGAAGACUCUGGGAGGAACCCCUUGAUCGUAACGAUUGCAUGGCAUCGAGUCGUAGCGGUGACUUCUGGCUGCAUCUGGGGAUUGAUCAUCACGCGUGUCAUAUGGCCCAUCUCCGCUCGUCAGAAGCUCAAAGACGGACUCUCGCUUUUAUGGCUUCGGAUGGGCAUGAUCUGGAAGCGCGACCCUUUAGCCACUUUGACAGAAGGUGUUCAUCCGGACAGGUACAUGAAUCUCCGGGAAGAGUUCUACUUGCAAAGAUUUCUGGCCAAACUCCAAAGCAUGGCCGAGACCGCCAAAAGUGAAUUCGAGUUCCGGAGACCUUUCCCUCACGCAACCUAUGCACGCAUCCUCAAAGCUACCGAACAGAUGCUGGGAGCUUUUCAUGCCAUGAAUGAGGUUAUCCUCAAAGAUUUGAAUGUGUCGCCCGGCGAGGAAGCUUUGCUCAAGGCGACCGUCAAGGAGCGCGCCGAGCUCUGCGGCCGUAUCAGCCACUUGUUCAGUGUGCUUGCGAGUUCAAUGAAACUCGAGUAUUCCAUACCCAGCGACGCUCUGCCCAACAUCGAUCAUACCAGGGACAGAUUGCUCGCAAAGAUCUUCGCCUACCGAGCAAGUGAUGCCCAAGAACAGACGACUUCAGAUGAAGACUAUAGCCUGCUGUACACCUAUGCCUUGGUUACGGGACAACUGAAUCUGGGUAUUCAGGCCGUUCUAAAGGAAGUGGAGAGUCUCUUUGGGGUGCUCGAUGAAGAAGCUCUUGGCCUGGAGCUGUAG